AUGCUCUUUAAUAACAUAGAAAAGUCAAGACCUCUUAACAUUAACAAGCAAAAAUUUCAGACGCUGGACUCGUAACUCACAAGCUCUCUCUUCUCCAAGGAUACAACGAAGUCCUCUUCAUCAAUGGUCACAUAAUUUAAGAUAAAGAGUGACCCCAAAAGACUAGUUUCCGCAUCCAGAAGUCUUCAAUCCUCGGAUCCCUAGAACUCUGUGAUCAUGCUGAUUGGAGUUGGCACAGCCCCUCAGUCACCGAAGCUAGAUAAGAGAGUGGGGAGCAAUAAGUCUAAGGACAACAUGAGUGGGGCUAAUGGGUCUGAGAAUAACUAUGGAAGUAAUGGCAGCAAGCACAGUCUGCCUUUCAAUAAGUUAUACUAGGCUGGAAGUGACGAGAGUAAAACCAGAAAUAAUAAAAAUUAGAUCCUCAAAAUAUCAAAAUCGAUCAGAUAAGAGAAAUAAUUCUUAAUCAAGCAGAAGGUUGUCCCUCUUUCUUAGGCUCGGUCCCAAAAUUCUCUUAAGAACUAGGACUUACUCAUAUAUCUUCAAAAUACCCAGUAUCUGCAAAGACUAAAGCUUUAAUCAUUGGAGCAACAGUAGAUUUAAUAGUAGCAGUAGAAUGCAUAAAGCCUGAUAAAAGCUAGUGGAAAUAGGACAGCAUAAGAUAGCACUUGCAACAGUCCCUAAAACAUUUUAGAAAAAAGAUAAAUGUCUCCUGUGACUGAAAAGAACCCAAUAAUAAUCCAAACAGGUAGACUAAUAUAGAGGACCAAUUCUUAGACUAUAAAGGAGGAGGGAUUAGAGAAGCUUGAACUACAUGCUUCUGGAUCUUAAAUCUAGCAUGAGUUUGAUUAGCCCUAGGUUGAGCUAGUGAAUAAUCAUCAGCCUAAUCAGGAAUAUGAAUAGAUUAAAGAGUUACAAUUCGGACUCUCUGAGAUUAUUCCAGAAAAUGAAAAUAAAAACGAAUCAAAUAUAUAAAGCUUUGCAAGCAAUAUGGUGAUUAGCUAGCCAAGGCCGAUGACUCAUCACAUACACAUUGUUUAGAACGAUUCAGAUGAAAAUAAAUAAUAGAGUCCUUCCAAAAUCAUUCAAAAUAAUGAUGGAAUUUUAAGCCAGAAAUCCACAUCUUGCAAUAGACAAAUAAUACAGACAUCUAGCAAUCAUAAGAAGCAAAGAUUCUUGGAUCGAUUUGAGAACCACGGAGGCUUAAACAUGGAUCAUAUUCAUAAGAGCAGGCAGCAGGCUUUAAAGCUAAGUAAAACUGCACAGAUAAGUGAGCCUCUUACCUCAGUCCCAAAGAAGUCAAGUAAAUUAAGCGAGCUGAUGCCUCAUGAGGAAUAGGUAAAUGACAACAAGACCGAGAGUGUUGGGGAAAACUCUCCCACCUAUGCCAACUUUAACAAUACCACAAAUAACAAUUUCAAUACCAAGAGAUGCUUGAACUUGAAACAGAAUAAAUUCAACAGGACUAAAGCCAUGAAGUAAAUGAUGUUCGACAAUGCUGAAUUGCUCACCUAUAAAUAUAAACAAAAUGAUAACAAGCUUAAACUCAGAUACAAUGGUUCUCAGACUAAUAUUAGUUUGAAGAAUAAGUAAAAUCUGAACUUCGGAAGGAGAAUUUCAGAAGUUAACCGACAUCUUUCAUUGAAUCAGGAUAAGUAUCUGCAGCAAAGACAAAUAUUUUUGAACGAUUUUCCUCUUAUUGCAAAAGAGAAAAAGUCUAAAUAUUAGAUUUUCAAGACUUCAGGCGUUAAUUAAUAGGAAUCGCCAAAUACUAAGCUUACUAAGAACUUAGACACAAAUGACUUAGACGACUAUAACAGCGAUUUGAAGACUCAUAAGCCUCUUUUGAAUUACUAUUCUGAAGAUCAACUACGCAAGUUAUAAGGUCAAUUUAAGCUCAAAUUUGACAGACUUAAUGAGAGAUUGGUAAGUGAAUUCGAACUAGAGGAAAAAACCUACUCAAACAAGACAACCGGCAAGAAUCAAAUAGUUUACUCGAAAAAUGCCUCCAGUCCUCAGUCAAUCAUCAACAUUCCGCAUAAGCAUGGAAGUCUAUUAAGUGAAAUGAACGAGAUUAAUCCUAAUUAGCAGGACUAUUUCAACAACUUGAUAUCAUCGACCUAUGAUGAAUUUUUCCACAAUAGCAAUAUUAAGAGGUUUAUGGAAUCUCAAUUGGGACCAGGCAAACUGGAGUAAAUAAAUAUAAAGCGAAUGAGUAAGAGAGAGCACAAUGUAGAGUGUCUGACCUCUGAGCGUCUAGGCAACAGGUCUAAAAGCAACAAAAACUUCGUAGAGCUUAAUAAAGAUGUUAAGUUAAUGAUGAGUCUCAAGAAUGCAAAUAGAAUGAGAAAGGCUUUAGAAGAAGAUAUGCAAUUAUGGACAAAGAGUUGA